GAGACUCGGCUCGUUUUCGCUUCCUUCGCUCACCCCGGAAGCGCCAUUUCUUCGCCCCUUCUCUCGCGCGGGGCCGGCGGGGUCUCGGUUGGGCGGCUGCUGUUGCUGCUCCUCGUUCCCGACGUCGUUGGCGGUCGCCCGCCGCCGCCGCCGCCGCCGCCAUGGGAGGCAAGAACAAGCAGCGGACGAAGGGCAACGUGCGGCCCUCCAGCAGUGGUAGAGCAGCAGAACUUCUGGCCAAAGAGAGAGGAACUGUUCCUGGGUUCAUUGGCUUUGGCACAUCGGCAAGUGACCAAGGAUAUGUUCCUGCAAUUCAAGGAGCUGAAGAAAUAGAUAGCCUUGUAGAUGCUGAUUUUCGAAUGGUGCUGAGAAAACUUUCCAAAAGAGAUGUCACAACCAAGUUAAAGGCUAUGCAGGAAUUUGGGGCAAUGUGUAAGGAGAGAGAAACAGAAAUUGUUAAAGGUGUUCUACCUUAUUGGCCUAGAAUUUAUUGCAAAAUUUCUGUUGAUCACGAUCGACGUGUACGAGAAGCAACACAGCAAGCUUUUGAACAACUUAUUCUGAAAGUUAAGAAACAUUUGGCUCCUCAUUUAAGAAGUAUUAUGGGAUAUUGGCUCAUAGCACAGUGUGAUACUUACUCUCCUGCUGCAUCAGCUGCUAAAGUGGCAUUUGAAAAAGCAUUUCCACCAAGUAAACAACCUGAGGCCUUAAUAUUUUGCAAAGAUGAAAUUCUGAAUGUGCUACAAGAUCAUCUUUUGAAAGAAACACCUGAUACACUGAGUGACCCACAAACUGUGCCAGAGGAAGAAAGGGAAGCCAAAUUCUUUCGAAUUCUUACCUGUUCUUUGCUAGCUUUGAAGAAACUGCUUUGUAUGUUGCCCAGUGAUGAGAAUUGCUCACUAGAGGAGAAGCUUAAACCUCUAUUGGCUCAAAACAAAUUUUGGAAGUAUGGUGAACACAACACACCACUGGUUCGUUCAGCUUUUUUUGAGCUGAUUUCUACUUUUUGCCAGCACAUCCCUAAGUCCAUGAGUGCUGAGGCAUCCAGAGUUUGCCCAUCAGUUCUUCUCAGUAUUGAUGACAGUGAUGCAGUGGUGUGUCCCGCCCUUUGGGAAGCUGUACUUCAUGUCCUUACUACUAUUGAGGAUUGCUGGAGUCAUGUGAGUGCAAAAAAAGGAGUUUUGCCAAAAUUGUGGGUAGUGCUUCGCGAAGGAGGACGAGGUCUUGCCACUAUUAUAUAUCCUAAUCUCCUGCCAUUUAUUAGCAAGAUACCUCUUGGUGUUACAGAACCAAAACUGGACUACUGGAGAACAUUUUUUACUUCAAUAAUUCAAGGGUUACUAACUGAAAGAGCUCUGGCUUGCCGUUCAGAAUGUUCAGCAAUCGUAUCAACAAUUAUGGAAUGUUUACAGUUUACAAUAUCACAGAAUAUUGGUGAAGAAGAAGAACGAGUCAAAAUACAAGAAAUGCUUAUAAAUGAUCAGUUAAUUGUCCUCAUUGACAUGGUGAUGAAGGAGCCCAAGCUACAAAAUGGACCUUUGUUUUAUGAAGUAACAAAGACUUUACAUUUUUGGGAAGGAAGAGCAGAAAUUUCAAAUGGCAGCGAAACGGUUCACACAUUCCAGAGACUAUUGCUGAACUUUUGGGAAAGCCUUUCGAAUAUCUGUGUGCGACAUGUUGAUGUAGUAGAUCCAGAUGAGAAAGCUUUGGCUGCUAUAUCCUCUUUGUUACAAAUCCUUAAGAAUUCUGAGAACAAAGCAAAAGCAAGCCAGAAAAAAACUGUGAAGAUCAGGUUUGCUGAAGAGGACGAAGCUGAAAGCAACACUGAACAGAGUUGUGUUGAUAUGACAAAUAACAAUGAGCUCAGUCCUCUUAUUCCUGAGAUUCGUGGGCAGCAUCUUUCCUCUCUACGGAAGGAGCCUUUGGAAGAUUUAGUUUGUAAACUUGCAGAACUCAGUAUUGUGUAUACCAAUGAACAAAGGUCUGAUAAACACUUAAAGUUUCUUUCUGCUCUGCUUAGUGAUUUUGCUUCUAGUAGAGUUUUCCAGGUUCUGUUGAAGGAUGGGAGCAACAUUCAGGAAGAUGUAAAGCUUCAGUAUGAGAAUCCAUCUAUCCAAUUUCUGUAUGACCGCCUAGUUGAUUGGCUGAAGGAAGACAUGAGAAAAGAGACCGAUUUCUUGGUUGAUAUUUUGUAUAGUGUCCUGCAGUGCUGUAGCACUGUUACAGAAAGAGAAAAUAUUCUCAAUGAUUUAACAAAGAUGAAUCUGAAAUGGAAUAUACUUCUUCAGAUCAUUCAAAAGGCCUGUUCAAGCCCAGAGAAACAUUCCUUAACUUCCAACUGGCUAAAAGGAGAUGUGUUGGGUGAGAAGCUUGUAACUCUGACAGAUGAUUUGUGCAACACGAGCUUGAAAACAACAGCAUCUUCUGCAGAACCCUUUCAUUCAGAAAGAUGGGCGCUCCUAAGCUUGGUGUUAUCUCAGGUGAUUAAAAAUGAGUCCUUAAUUGGUGAAGUUUACGUUAAAAGGAUUAUUGAUAAACUUCAAGCAGCUCUGUCUAAAGCUAAAGAUCUUUCAGAAGCUGGAAAUACUGAGCCAUCGGUGUCUUUCAUCUGCGACAUAGCCUCUAACUUUUUUAGCUCAGUGAAGGGAUGCUUAUUGAUGCCAUCAUCAGAAGAUUUGUUGUUUACCAUUUUUCAGUUAUGUGCACAGAGCCAGGAGACAACCCAUUUGUCAGAUUUCCUUGUAAACAAGUUGAGGCACACUUGGUUGUGUGGCUUAACUUCCCUUGUGUGUCAGCUUAGUGACAUGCAUAAAGGGAGCACCUUUCUGCAAACAUCUGCAUUCUGGGUCAAGAACCAACUUCAGUCUUCAAAAUUGAAUCUUAAAAGUUUGCAGGUUUUGAUCUCUGCAGUCAGUGACUUGGUGACUAAAUUGCUGGAUGCUGAUGAAGUUUCUUCUUUGUUGAAAGAUUAUAUGGAAUUGCUUACUCCGAGCAAGUGUGAAUGGGAAAAGAUGCGGGAAUCUCUAUCCAAUGAGUGGUUAAGGAAACCACUUUUGGAAGGAAGGUUGAGUAUGAAUUGCGAGAUACCUGAAACAGAUCAGAAGCUUUGCAUCUCAGCUAAACUUCCAAGCCAUUUGUGUACUGCAGCUCUCUUAAGUAGAGUGGCACUACUGGUAUUAGAAAAGGGGGUUGUAUUUGAAAGCCAAGAAAAAGAAAUCAGCAGAUUUGAAAAUAUCGUUGCAGAAUAUAUGUAUGCCUUACAGUGGAUUGAAGAACUAGCAAACCCACCUUGUUUGCUUCUUGAAUUUCUUCAUCAUCUUCAAGUAAUGGAUAUUUCAUGUGACAGAUUACAUAAACUCUGUAAUAUCCCCUGUCUCCUACAAAUAUUAUUCAAUAAGUCAAAAGAGAGUGGACGGCUUUGGGCCUUAACUAUGGCUAAAUUGAUACAUGCAGUGAAUAUUGCCUCCUGUGAGAUAAAAGCACUGUUUAUUACAACAGAAAGUUUUUUCCCUUUAAUGGAAGGAAACUUGCAUACACUUCAGAAUUUGUCUCCAUUUCUUCUUGAGGAAGACAAAGAAGAGCUUGUCAUUCAGUGUACUGCUAAACUAAUGACAUGCAGUGAAGCCGAACUCUUCAGUACUGACGGAGCUUUUGGAUUUCUUUCCGUUCUGAAUUCCUGCCUCAAUCAUGAGAGCGCUGACUAUGGAGAACUAGUGUCUGGAAUACUAAAAAUCAUCAUAUCCUGGCGAAAUGAUUAUGACAUCUUUCUUUUCAGUUGCAAUCUAGAACCACAGAACUUUCAGCUGCUUGGUAUCAAUAUAGAAAUGAUGCGUUUUAUUUCUCUGCUGCUGAAUAACCCUUCCACACUGCUGGAGAGUGAAUGGGAUUUUGUCAUGUGUUCCAUGCUGGCAUGGUUAGAAACAACAAGUGAAAGCCAGGCAGUCUUUGCUUUUCCACUGGUGCAAGUCUUUGCCUGUGUGAGCUGUGACCUCAGCGCUGCCGUGAGUGCUUUUUUCCAGGCAGCAACUCCUGAAAUCAUUGAAAAGCUUCCACCAAACCUCAUGACAGAAUGGCAAGAGUUCUUUUCAGAAGGCAUUCAUAGCUUACUUUUACCUUUGUUGGUAAAAAUCACAAGGAAAGAAAAAGGUGCUCUGGAGACUUCAUUUCAAGACUCCAUGUUGAAAUCCUUGGGCAGAGCUUUGACAUAUACAUCAAAGGAUCAGUUACUGAACCAUAAGCUUCCUCCUAGAUUUGUUGCUGGCCAGAAGACAAACCUGCCUGAUAAACUGCAGACCUUGUUAAACGUACUGUCACCAUUACUGCUUUUCAAAGCUACACCUGUUCAAAUUACGGUAUAUCACAUGUUAAAUAAGUUAAUGUCUGAUUUACCUAAAUUUGACAAUGAAGACCUCAAAUCCUAUGGUGAUGAAGAAGAGGAAGUGCUAUUGUCCCCACCAGCAGCUCUUAUGACUGUUCUUGCUACCCAAGAAAACUUGCUAAUAAACAUCCUGGAGUGCGUUCCAGUUGGGGAGUUUGCAGUUGUUCAACCACUGAGUGAGGAGUUUUGCCUUAUUUUAGGGUAUCUUCUCACUUGGAAAUUAAUACUAACUUUCUUCAAAGCAGCACCAUCUCAGGUAAACUCUUCUCACCUCUCCACAUCCUUUUAGGGACAAAACAGUUCAGCUUCAGUACUGUUCUGUGCAUAGCUGUUUGUGAUAAUCCUGUUGUAGAGCUGUUAUGAAACCAAGAAUGCCUUGUUUUGAAAACCAUUAGUUAGAAUAGCAAGAAUGUUACAGCUUUCUUUGUCCUGAACUUGGAGCUUCAAACUGUCUGUUUUACCGCAUUCCUGUUAGAUGCAUGUGUUUUAAAUAUUCUUAUCUAAUCUGUUGUAAAUCCCACUGAAUGUUUUCUCCCUCUUA